AUGUAUGUUAUUUUAUAAAAUAAAAUAAACUUGAGAACAGUUAUAAAAGUCCAUUAUGAGUAGUUUUACAUCAAUCAAACUCAUCCUUUGUGCAAGACUAUGGUAAUGGAUUCACUUGAGCUUAUAUUGUCUUGUAAUGUUAAUAAAAUUAAUGCUUUUAGUAAAUCAAAUAAAUAAGUUCUUCUUCAAUAAGAUAAUUAAAAUGGCAUUCUUAAUCAUUUUAGAGUAAUUUUUUAAAGGGAGAUUCCUCAAAUUUUUAGAAAAUUAAAUACUUAAAGAAUUUAGAUAAUUUUAGAAGUGAACAUCUAUAGAAAAUAAAGUGUAUUAUUUAUUAGAAUAAACUCUUUUGAAUGGUUUAAUAAUUUAAGUAAAUAUUCUAUUAGUAAUUUAUUUUUUUGAAUUUUUUAAAUAAUUUACUUCAAAUUUUGGAAUGUAUUCCGAUUUUAACAGUUACACAAAUCUUAUAUUAAUUUUAAGUAAUUAUUAUUUAACAUAUGUAAAAAAAAGAAUGCUUGAGUUCUUGAAGGAACUUUAAAGAAAGAUAAGUUAAAUUAUGAAUGAGAAAUUUAUUCAGAUAUACAAGGUAUUUCUAUGAAAGAAUAUUUAGUUUUACGAUAUACAAGGAUUUAAAGGGAUUUCUAUAGUGUUAGGUUUAACAAUUUGGAUAAUUCCAGUUUAAAAUUUAAUCAAACUUUUAUUAAAUGGAUAUUUAAUAUUUAUUAUAUAAUUCUUGUUUCUCUUCAGAUUUCAUUUACAUCAUCAGAACGAAUGUCAUCUCAAAUAACAAAAAAGCCAUCUUUAAAACUCUAAUUAAACAAGAAGACAUUAGAAACUUUGACAAAGGAAAAAACAAUUAUACCUCCUAGUUCCAAAUGCUCUUAGAAGACAGUCUCUUCUAUUAAUGUAAACAUAACCAUUAUAAUUCAAAUAGACAACCAGUUGUACAUCAUCAUCAUCCAAAUAAAACUAUCCUUAAAAGUAAUCUUAGUCAAAUCCUUCCAAUAAUUCAGACGAACAUUCACAAUUAAUUCAAUUUUUGCUAUAAGAAAAUAUUGAAUUACAAAAGCAGAAUCAAGACAAGGAUUAAUUGAUCAAUUUCUUAUGUAAAAAACAAUCCCCAAAAAGAAGAUCAAUCUUAAACACUGAGAGAGGUACUACAAUCAAAUCUUAAAAACUUCCUUAAAUUUCAUAGGCUAAAAAUUCACUAGAGAUUGAUAAGUAUUUAUUUCUUUAAAUUCAUCCUAGUUUAAAUGAUGGAGUCUGUACACCAUUCUGCUUUACAUUUUGUUAAUAAGAUAUUCAAAGUUAAUAAAGCGUAAGAAAUAAAAAAUUACCUAAAGAAUUUUAAAUUGUACCAAACAAAAAAAGAUAUUUUAUAUGA